UUGCCUGUAGUUCUCUGGGUCUUCUUUUUUGCCUAUUUUGGAGACAGGAACAAUGUUUGCUUGUCUCCAGUCCCUUGGCACUUUACCUAUUCUCCACAAUUUCUCAAAAAUGAUGGCAAGCGGUUCUAAGUCAGUAAAUUCAUUCCAAAUUCUGGGAUGCAGUUCAUCUGGUCCUGCAGAUUAGAACUCAUUUAGGUUAAAUAGAUGAUUCCUGAUUAUUUGUUUAUCAAUCGUGAUUUGCAAUCCAGAUUUCAUGGCAAAGUGUUGGCUUAAGGAAGGGAGCAUACAAUCUUCUUUUGGGGUGAGGGAUGAAGCGAAAUAGAUGUUGAGCAGUUCUGCCUUUUUGUUGUGAUCCGUUUGCAUUUUACCAUGCCUAUUGAGAAGUGAUCCCACCAUUUCCUUGGUCAUUCUUUUGGAAAUAUUUGGAAACCCCCUUCUUUUUCAGAUGUUUUCAAUAUUCUUCUUCCAUGGAAUUGUUGUGAUUGUGCUUUUAGCAACUCCUUCUCCAUGAAAUCCCACCCAUGCUGGUUGUCUUUUUCCUUUAGCAUCUCUAGUCAUGGGAUUCUACUCAGCAUUUCAUGGUGUUUGAUAUAAUGAGUUUUCCUAAUCACUUUAUUCCCUUUUUGAGCACAAAGUGGUGUAUAAUUAUCUUAAAAUAAAAAUGGAUACAUUCAAAUAAUUUAUUAACCAGCUACUAUAUCAGUUGUGAUCUUAUCUGGAGAGUGCAGAGCUUGCAUUGCAACUACUCUAAUGAACUAACUGCUCUAGUGCUACUCUAAUACUCCAAACUACUCAACUAAAAUCCAACUACUCUAAUGCAGUCUACAUGGGGCUGCCCUCAAAGAUAGCCUGGAAUGGAAACAUUAGCUAAGAGAGAUGUGACCAUUUGUCAGUUCAUUGAGAGCAAAUGUAAUAUUAAUUAUACCAAUUUUGUACCAGUUGCAUGGGUUACUGGUAAUUCUAAGGCUAGUUCAAAGUACUGGUUUUGGCCUUCAGGCCCUGAAUGGCUGGGAAUCAGGUUAUUUGGAAAACUCCCUGAAGCCAUAUGAACGUGCAUGUGCUUUCAGAUCGUAGCUGGAACCUCUACCCAUUGGCCUGCCUUUAAAAUUACUCACGGCUGCAUUUGUACUGCAGAAUUGAUGCAGUUUGAUACUGCUUUAACUGCCAUGGAAUUCUGGGAUUUAAAAUGUUGACGAGAUAUUUACUUUUCUGUCAGAGAGCUCUGGUGCCACAACAAACUACAGAUCCCAGGAUUCCAUGGAACGGAGCCAUGAUAGUUAAAGUGGUGUCAAAUUGCAUUAAUUCUGCAGUGUAGCAGCAGCUUAUGUUAAUGGGACCAGAGGCAGAACUUUCUCCUUAAGAAGGCUCCAUUUUAUGGAACUCAAGUGAUAUGUAGCUGACCCAAUCAGCUGCAUUAUUUAGGAAAGCUUAAAAAUUCCACCUCUUUCAAAUAGCGCUAUUUUAUUGGUUGUGUCAUGUUAUUCUUUUAUUCAUGUGGCUCUAAAAAUGGAAUGUACCUCCUACUCUUUCUUGUUAAUGUUUUUAAAAUAUUAAGCUGCUUUAAAUCAGUACUUGGUUUUAAUGAAAUAGCUUAUUUAAUUGUUUUUAAUUGCUCCUUAGUGUUAUUAAAUUUUGGCUUCAGUUUGAUUUAAUUCAUGAUGCAAACCUCCACUGCAGGUGCAGAGAGGCGUGCUCUGCAGAACUGGAGAAAUUCGUAUUAUGGACUGCCAAAAAGACAAACAGUUCUGAGAGCAAAGCAAACCUGAACUCUCUUUAGAAUCCAAAAUGAUUAAACAGAGGCUAUAUUACCUUGGACAUAUGAAAUGACAUCACUCAUGGGGAAAAAAGAUGAUAAUUUUCAACAAAGUAGAAGCCUAUCAAUUAUCACUAUAAACAUCUACCUGCGAGGGAAGGAUCAUCCCCCAAAGUGCUAUUCUGCCUCAUUUCAUUUUGUCAUGGAUUUCUGCAUAUCCUCUUGCAUUGGAAACAAAGGCAAUCCCAUUGCAAGGCAAAUAAGACUGUAUCUCCUAUCAAACCUCUACAAUAUUCCCAGCUACCUUUCUUGUCCAUCUAUUCUCCAAAUGCAAUCACUGUUUUGUUAAUCUGGAGUAAAGACCAUCUACUGAUGCAAAUGGGAAACCACUCAGAAUCAGGGGCUUUCCCAGCAGAUAAUGAUCACCAAUUAGCAGACACUAAUCCUCUUUUGCAUUAGCCUCCCAGCCUGAGGCCAGCCAUCAACAACAAAACAAUACGCAUGCAAAUCACACCUGCAUUCUUAGGCUCACAAAGUAUAUAUAUACCCAACUUUUUCCAGGCAAGCAUUCUCUGAAGAUGCCAGCCACAGAUGCUGGUGAAAUAUCAGGAAGAAACUCUUCUAGAACAUGGUCACAUAGCCUGAAAAACCCACAAAAAACGAUGGAUGCCGGCCAUGAAAGCGACUUCACCAUCUACUGAAAUUGCCAUUUUUGACAGAACUAUGAGAAAGCACUCAAAGUCUGUUUUCAUGUAGAAAUGUUCAGGAUCCCUCAAGGAUAUUCAUCCUCACAUGUCCAAUUUAUGAGCAAACACCAGAGUUCUGCCCAACCAUCCAGAUCUUCUCCUCUUUCCAGAUUGUCUUCAGACACUCAGUGGUUCUCCAUGGAUUCCUCUUCAGGACUGCUUAUUGCUGACAGAAGCUACAGCUGUGAAGGUUUAGAACUGACCAAGAUUCCAGAUCAACUACCUUUAACAACCAAAAUCCUUGAUUUCAGCUUUAAUUUCCUGUAUUCGCUGUAUCCCUCAUCAUUCAGCAAGCUGAAGGAUCUGAUCUAUUUAGAUUUAACAAGGUGCCAGAUUAAUUGGGUAUAUGAACGUGCUUUUGAAAGCAACUCUUUCCUAGAAGCCAUUGUCUUGACUGGAAAUCAUAUUCUUUUCCUUGGAGAUACAGCAUUCACAGGACCUCUGUCACUGAAGCACCUUGACCUAACCCAAACAGGACUCACUAGUUUAACAUUUAUCCCAAUGAAGGAUCUGGAUAACCUGGAAACACUGAUACUAGGAAACAACUACAUUCAAUCUCUACAGUUUCCACCAAGUUUCAAAACUAGGAGUCUAAAAUAUUUGGAUUUUCAGAUGAACAACAUCCAAAGAAUAUCUGCUGAAGAUGUAAUGCCAUUAAAACAAUUCAGCAAUCUGACUCUUGUCCUAAAAGGGAAUGAUAUUGUGCAUAUUGACCCUGGAGCUUUUAGCUCAAUUUCUUUCUACACUUUGGAUUUUAGCGGCUGUGCUAAUGUUUCUGUCAUCUUGAAAGGGUUACAAGGUGGACAAAAUGUUGCUCUUCAGCUUGGAGCUUUUUUGGAUUCAGCCAUUCUUCCAAUAAGUCCCUCUGCAUUGCAGGGCAUCAGCAAUGUAUCUGUAGACCACCUCACUCUGCAGUAUCGUACUUUUCUAAAUGUCUCUGGUGAAACAUUCAAGUGGAUGACCAAACUCCAAACGCUAGACUUGACCCAUACCUCCCUCUCUGAGGUACCCCUUGGGCUUCAUGGAAUGGAUAGGCUGAAGGAAUUAAAUCUCAAUGAAAACAAAUUUGUGCACCUUUGUGACAUCAGAUCUUCUGUUUUCCCCACUGUCACCCACCUCUACAUCAGAGGAAACUCAAAGGAGCUAGAUUUGGGGGCCGGAUGUUUAGAAUCUUUGUCAAAACUUCAGUAUCUUGACUUGAGCAACAGUCAGAUAGAAGACUCAAACUGCUGCAGGAAGCAGUUCACUGCUCUAAGUGCAUUGCAACAUGUUAACAUGAGCUACAAUAGAAAACUUUUGCUCCACAGUAUAGCCUUCAAUGAAUCUGCUAACCUGAAGGUUCUGGAUCUGGCUUUCACCCAUAUUGUCACCACCAAUGCCUCCCAAGGACCAUUAAGCAAUCUGCAUUUUUUGCAGAUCCUAAAUCUUUCUUUCUCUCAGAUUGGUCCAAAUAUCCAGCACAUCUUGCAAGGUCUAGAGUCUCUUCGUGUCUUAAGUCUGAAAGGAAAUAAUUUUGAAUCUGGGAUCAUUCUGAAUGACAAACUUUUCCAGCAAGUAUGCAAUUUAGAGGUGUUAAUUUUAUCUUACUGCAAAUUGUUUGCUAUAGAAACUAAAGCCUUUUCCACCCUCAGAAAGCUCCAGCAUGUGGACUUGAGCCACAACAAUCUUAUUAUAUUCAAUUCAGGUGCCUUUUCCAAUCUCAGGAACAUCUAUCUCAAUUUUGCCAAUAACAGGAUCCAUAUUAUCCCACGUGAUAUGUUGACUAACUUAUCUGGCCAGAGCAUAAUCAAUUUAAGUUACAAUCCUCUGGAAUGCACCUGUUCCAAUACUGGAUUAUUAACCUGGUACAAGCAAAACAUAGAUAAAAUUGAAGACUUUGAAGAGACAGUCUGCUCUGAGCCCAAGUCACUAGCAGGUACUAAGCUCCUCUUUGUAAAUCUGUUUUGUGGCUAUAGCACUGCAAAGGUAAUAUUGAUUACCUUUGUUGUGAUAACAGUAAUUGGAGUGACCUUCAUUUUGAUCAUACGGUUUUUACAGAGAAAGUACCAACAUAUUUAAGCUCCUGGAUAAAAGUAAGUACAGAAAAGUAACAUCAAAGAACAUAUUCAUAAGAAAGAAUUUACAAGGAAAUUGCAUUUUCUAACACUGAAUGUAUUUCCUGAUCUUUUUUACAUCAAUAGCUCACUCAUGUACACUAUUCUGAUAUGAGGUAGUUUGGGGGAAAUUACUGCAAUAUGUGGGGAAAGGGAAAAAAUUGUCUAGUUUUGCAUUCUCUGCAUGGAGUUUAUUCUGGCAGUAACAUGUUAGAAAACUACAAUUUACCCCAGCAGGCAAGUUGGGUAUGGCAAACAGGUAAAAGGCCAGCAGUAACAUGCCCUGGAAAUGUGAGAAAGAUUUUUCUCCCAACAGGAAUAAAAGGAGGUAUGUUAGACUUUCUGCCAGACCACUCAUUUCCCAUAAUGAAGACAAGAUUUGAAUUUAUGUUGGACUGGUAAGAAAAAAAGAUUAAGGCCUCUUGUCCUGUGCUUCACAUUUGAGAAAAAUCUAGCAGCAAAGAAAUACAGUGGGUUUUUUUCUUCAUUAUUUAAUAAGGUUUCAGAAGACCCAAGGAGGACAAUUAUUGCAUACACCGGGCUAAGCAAAGCGAAGCCUGUGACUCAGGACUCAAAAAACUUGAUAAAAAUAUUCUGUGCCCUCCAGGAAAGGGUGGCAUUUUUUUCAUACUAGUUUAGGCCCAGGAAAGACCAUUUUAGGUCACCAUAAGUCAGAAACAACUAGGAGGCACACAAAAACAAAACAAUAAUCUUAAGUUUAUAUAGGUACAUAUCUUUUUAUCACAUGAGCUUCUUUUAGUGGUGGCAACUAGAAAACAUCAAAUAAACAAUAAAGAACUCUUGGUUUGUAUAUUGUUCAGAUUUAUUUACACAGAAGAAUUCAUACAAAUUGUCCCA